GUUGUUAGGAUAUGAUAAGUAUUUAUUUUUUAAAUUUAGAGUCUAGCUAUUAAGAGUUUGUUAUUUAGUUUCUAUCAAAGUCUUACAUAUAAGUAUAAAUAUAAGGCUGAUGUAUCUUUUUUUGAUAUCAGAAUACAAUAAUGAAAACCUAAUUCUUAGGUUAUUUCUUUCAACUUGGUAUCAGAGCCUACCAAAAAAAAAGGCUUUGAAACACUUAAAACAACAUGAGUGGUAGAGAUGGUGAACCAUCUGGAUCGAAACCUAUUAUCAUUCAAUCUGAAGGAGCAUUCAAUGCAGGAAUUACGCUUACAGAAUCAAAUUAUGAUGUAUGGUCUCAACUAAUGGAAAUGCAUAUUGCUGAAAGAGAAAAGCUUUCCUAUAUUCGGGGAAAAACAAAACCACCUGCUGAAUCAGAGGAUGGGUAUGAAAAGUGGUAUGCUGAAAACCAAAAGGAAUUGGAUCACAGAGACAAAGUGGUCAUGAAGGAUCCUGAUGAUGUGGUUGCGUACAAAAAACCUAUUGAACGACUACGGGUGCAUAUAUUUUUAGCUGGACUGGAUGAUCACUUUGAGCAGGUUCGCGGAGAAAUCCUACGUCAGGAGUCUACUUUAGGCCUAGAAGAAAGCUAUGCCCUGAUUCGAUGAGAGGAGAAC